GAACAUCAUGAAUUCCGCUCGCCACUUGGACGUUUCGGCCACUGCCCGUUAGACCCCAGCCCCUUUUAAGUAGUUUCCAAGCCGUGAUCCUAUAGCGAAGUUUAACGAAACCUUAUGGAUUCAAUUCUAUGACAACAGUUUUUGGGGCACGGCGUACAAGCGCUGGCCCCGCGGAGAAGUCACCUUCAUCCGAUCGACUGCACCCGGAGGAUGCGACGGUGCUUCUUCCGACGACACUUCCGCCUCCUAUAGCUUCUAAGGCAGAUGCGGUGUGGCGGCUUGGCAAGUACGUGUUCAGGGCCGACUUUGAUUCUGCCAACUUGGAUAGUGUGGAGCAGGGAGUUAACGCCAACGAAUUCUUCCUUCGAACGCGGAGGGACUGCGAGGGUACAACAAACGAAAAGGCCACACGCACGUGGUUCUACUUCAGCAUAUGCGGACACAACACCUACGAGCUUCUCAUCCUGACCAUCCUUAACCUCAAUAAGCAAAGCAGGCUUUACUCUCAGGACUAUCGACCAGUGUUCUGGAGCGCCUCGCAGGCAGAAUGGCAGCCCCUGCGGCUCAAGGUGACGUACCGGCGGGAGGGCGAGGACUUCCAGCUGCGCUUCUGCCACCGGUUCGAGAGCGACGAGGAGACGCUGUUCGCCUUCGCAAUCCCCUUCAGCUACCAGCAGACACAGGACAUGUUGAACCACCUGGACGAGCAGCUGCCCUGCUCGCUGUACGGCAACCUGCCCUGCGCACCCCCGCCCCUAGCAGACCGCGACACAUCCGCAGCCCCAGCAGCAGCCAACAGCAACGCGCCGUCCACAGCUACCGCCACCGCCCCCGACUGCACCCCACUGCACUUCAGCCUGCGCGCGUCGCUGCCCCUUCUCGACACCGCCGCAUCCGUGGACGGGGAGCCCACCUCCCGCACCAUGCCUGGCUGCAGCGACGCGCCCGCCUCCUCCUCCUGCGGCUUCGCGAGCCCCCUCCGGGAGGCCUCCGUACGGCUCUACUACCGGCGGCAGCUGCUGACCCGAUCGCUGGAGGGCCGCCGGGUGGACCUCAUCACCAUCACCGACUGCAGCGGCGCCACGGGGGAGCGCGAGCCGCCCCUGGCAGGUGUGUUCAUGCAGGACCCCGGACCGCCCGCAGCGCUGUUCCGCGACAAGACAGUGUUCUUCAUCUCCAGCCGGGUGCACCCCGGUGAGACGCCCGCCACGCACAUGUUCAACGGCAUGCUGGCGUUCCUGCUGCGGCGGAACGACCCACGGGCCGUUGCGCUGCGGCGGCGGUUCGUGUUCAAGCUGGUGCCGCUGGUGAACCCGGACGGUGUGGCGGUGGGCAACUACCGCACGGAUACCCUGGGGCAGAACCUCAACCGCUUUUACAAUGGCGUGCCGGACGAGAAGACGCAGCCCACCGUGUACGGCAUCAAGCGAUUGCUCAUGUACUACGCGCAACAGAACCUUCUAGAGUACUACAUUGACCUGCAUGCACACGCCAACAAGAAAGGCGUCUUCAUCUACGGCAACACGCUGGAGGACGGCGAGGCGCACCUGCAGAGCCUCAUGUACGCCAAGUUGGUGGCGCUCAACAACCCCGUCUUCGACUUCAUGAGCUGCAACUACACGGAGAAGAACAUGAGCCGCGCGGACAAGGACGGCUCCUCCAAGGAGGGCGCGGGCAGGGUGGCGCUGUACAGGGAAACUGGCUUGACUCAUCUUUAUACCAUCGAAGCAAACUAUAACACUGCGCGGACGCUGAAUGUGGUAGCGCCCGCAACUGGUGACCACGGCGGGCGUGCGUCGCCGCCCUGCAACAGGCGCUUCCCGGCCAGAUUCACUGUCAGCUCCUUCCAGGCCGUUGGGCGGGCAUUCCUGGUGGCCUGUUUGGACAUGGAGGGAGCCAACCCCUGGAGCCGCCUGCCGCACUGCGAGCACCGCAGCCUGGAGGGAGUGCGCAGCUGGAUCCUGACGGUACUGCGUGCCACGCCCGAGACCCGCGCCGCGCACCUGCCCCCCAUGAGCGAUGCGGCUGUGGAGACGCUCCGCGGCAUGCUGUCCUCCGGGUCGCUGCGGGUGUCGGUGGCGCUGGCUUCCGGCGGCCUCACACGCCACCGCUCCACGGGCUACGACUCGCCUGCUAGCAGCGUCGUGGCUCACAGCCCGCCCGCGUGCACCACCAGCGUGGCGUUUGGCCGCGGCGUGGGUACGCACGUAGGGCGCCGCCUGCCGGCACCCUCGCCAGCACGGCGGUCGAACGCCUCACUCCCCAUCAUUAGCAGCAUAGCCGGGCACUGUCCACCGACCAUGGCCACCUCUUCCGGCAUCCCCGCCCGGCGAACCCCGCCGCCUAGCUCCCUCAGCGGGGCCAGCAACGGCAACCUGUCCCGGAGCAGCAGCCUGCCAGGGCGGUGCAGCACGCCGCUGGCAGCGCGGCAGUCGCAGCGCAGCCCGCCGGCGGGGCGGGAGGCGGGGUGCGAGCUGAGUGCGGAGCCCUCGCCGGGCUGCCAUGAGCUGGACGGCACUGAGCCCGCAUCAGCCGCCGCACCCGAGCAGCCGCCGCACCUGAGCGACGAGGCCUCCAGCGACAGUGACGGCGACGAGGUGGAUGACGAUGCGAUGACACUGGUGGCACCCAACACACCGACGACCGCGCGCUUCCGCGGCCUGGACUCGCCCCUUAAGUCCAUGAGCGUG